GUAGAUACCCUUUGUUGACAAGUUUAGGGGCUUUUUGCCCCUUUUCCCCAAAAAGAAAGGUGCGCCGAGAUGCUCCGUUAAAAAAAAACAGAAGUACAAUCGCUUCCAAACACCCUGAAACCUAAAAACAUUAAUCGGGCUUCGACCCAAAACCCUGCGCACCAAAGCUGCGAUUCCUCUCCCUGGAGCUGCGACUGCAACCUCUACUACUACGACUUGCGACUGUUACUGGGAGCACCGGAGGACCUGCGAUUGCUACAGGGUUGCUGCACGCAGUGUUCACCUGCCAUAGCAGUCAUCUUGCGCCAAAGUCGUCCAGAACCAAUUUCAAGUCUUCACCUUCCAAGCAAUGUCACGUAUUUGCGUGAAGAAUUUACCGAAGUAUGUUGCCGAGGACCGCCUCCGAGAAUUCUUCUCCGAGAAAGGAGAAGUUACUGAUGCCAAGCUCAUGCGCACCCCAGAUGGGAAGAGUAGACAGUUCGCAUUCGUUGGAUUUAGGAUGGAGCAAGAAGCUGACGAAGCAAUCAAGUACUUCAAUAGGUCUUUCCUUGAUACUUGUCAAAUUACUUGUGAGAUUGCCAGGAAACUUGGUGAUCCAAAUGCCCCACGUCCAUGGAGUCGGCACUCAAUAAAAAAGGAAGAGAAACUAAGUACGGCUGACAAGGAAAUAACUUCAUCAGCAAAUAAAAAGUUUAAGGGGUUAAAAGAGGACAAUAAGCUUAGUAUAGAGGAAAGUGAAAAUGAUGAUCCUCAACUUCAAGAGUUCCUCCAGGUCAUGCAGCCUCGAAGUAAAUCUAAGAUGUGGGCAAAUGACUCAACUAUAGCCCUCUCUCUUUCGGACAAUAAAAAGACAAGUGAAAAGAAAUGUCAAAUGCAGGAGGAAACUAAAGCCGACAUGAGUAUCGACAAAAUUGAUCCAGAUGAAGAUGGUGAUAAAUUUAAAGCAUCUUUGAAUGCUUGCAAUGUUGUAAAACCAAAGAGUUUUAUCCACGAUAAUGUUGUUUCUGAUGUGGAUUAUUUCAAAAGAAGAGUGAAGAAGGACUGGUCAGAUUCAGAAAGUGGUGAUGAAGAUGAAGAAGAUGAUGGUGAUGAUGAUGAUACUAAAACCAAUGAAGACUGCAAUAUGGAUGUUGAAACCUCAUUUAGAAAGAGCGGUGAUGAUAUAGAUGCCCUUGCGUGUGGUGAUAACAAAAAGGAGGGAAGUGAAAGACAGUUUGUAGAACAUAGCGAUGAAAUGUUUGAAUUAGGCGAUCAUAUAUCUAAUAAAGAUGCAGAAGUUUUAGAAGGGGGCCGCCUGUUUGUCCGCAACUUGCCUUAUGCUACAACGGAAGAAGAACUAGAGGGGUAUUUCAGCAAAUAUGGCAAGGUUUCACAAGUUCAUAUUGUUGUAGAUAAAGAAGCAAGAAGGUCAAAAGGGUUUGCAUAUGUUCUGUACACUCUUGCAAAAUCUGCAGCUAGGGCAUUAGAAGAGUUGGAUGGUUCAAUAUUUCAAGGAAGAUUGUUGCAUGUUAUGCCGGCAAAGCAAAAACAUUCUGCCUAUAGCCAAGAGGUAAAUGGAUCUGGGAAACUAUCACUACAAACAUUGAAACAUCAAAGACUGGAAGACAGGAAGACAUCUGAAGCAAGUGGAAACACGCAAUCGUGGAAUGCUUUGUUCAUGCGCCCAGAUACAGUUGUGGAAAACAUUGCAAGGAGACUAGGUGUUAGUAAAUCUGAUCUUCUGGAUAAAGAAGCUUCUGAUCUUGCCGUACGUAUAGCCUUGGGAGAAACUAAAGUCAUUGCUGAUACAAAGCAAAGUUUAGUGAAAGCUGGAAUAAAUGUUUCUUCUCUAGAGGAAUUUGCUGCUGGAAAAUCUGACAGAAACAAAAGAAGCAAUCAUGUUAUACUAGUAAAGAACUUGCCCUACAGUUCAUCGGAAAGUGAGCUUGCAAAUAUGUUUGGGAAAUUUGGAGGCAUAGAUAAAAUUAUUCUUCCUGCAACAAAAACUUUAGCUUUGGUGGUGUUCCUUGAACCAGCUGAAGCACGCGCAGCAUUCCGGGGUUUAGCCUACAAACGUUACAAAGAUGCACCAUUGUAUUUGGAAUGGGCUCCUGGCAAUAUUCUUGAUCAAACGGGUGGUUCAAGUAAUUCUAUGAUUGCUGGUGAACAAGAUGUCAAGAAAGUUUUACUAGAACAGCAACUGGAGGGUACAAUAGAUACUGAUGUUGAUCCUGACAGAGUUGAGUCAAGAUCACUUUAUGUGAAGAACUUGAACUUCACAACAUCCGAUGAGAGCUUGAAAAAACAUUUUGUUGGAAACAUGAAUAAUGGAGAAAUACGGAGCGUCAGGGUGAAAAAGCAUACAAAAAAUGGGAAGGCUGUUUCAAUGGGUUUUGGAUUUAUUGAGUUUGAUUCUGUGGAUACUGCAAUACACGUGUGCAAAGAUUUGCAGGGCACUGUUUUAGAUGGCCAUGCGCUAAUUUUGCAACUUUGUCAUGCUAAGAAGGAUGAACAAGUACCAAGCAAAGUUGGUAAGGACAAGAGUUCAACAAAAUUGCUUGUGAGAAAUGUUGCAUUUGAGGCAACGGAGAAAGAACUUAGGAAAUUGUUCGAUCCAUUUGGCCAGAUCAAGAGCUUAAGGCUGCCAAUGAGGUCUGGGAGCCACAGAGGCUUUGCAUUUGUAGAAUUUGUAACGAAGCAAGAAGCUCAAAAUGCCUUUGAAGCCCUUUCUAGUACUCACUUUUAUGGUCGUCAUUUGGUUUUGGAAAGAGCAAAAGAAGGAGAGACCUUGGAGGAACUACGAGCUCGCACUGCUGCCCAAUUCGCUGGUGAGCACAAUGGCUUCCAGCCUUCAGAGAAAUUAUCAAAGAAAAGGAAACUUAUGGCUUUAGACAGUUAAGUUGUGAGAGAAUAAAGGAUGAGAUGAUAUUUUUAUAAUAGGUCACGUUAUUUAUGAUCUUAAUCCUCUUGCCGUUAAGAUUAUUGUAAGUGAUAAAACCUGGAUUAUUCUUAACAAAUUUUGGUUUGAAAUUAUAGUACUAUACUACUAUGUCCUUCA